AUGAUCCGGCUGCUGAGCUCCCUCCUCCUUGUGGCCCUGGCCUCAGGCUUGGACCAGCCUUCCUUCAACCCCUCCAGCCGCGUGGUCAAUGGUGAGGAUGCAGAGCCCUACAGCUGGCCUUGGCAGGCUCUCUUGGAAUAUAAGGCGAGUGGAGGCUGGUCCUUCAUCUGUGGAGGGACCCUCAUCGGUCGUUCCUGGGUUAUGACUGCUGCCCACUGUGUCGUGAGCGGCGGGACGUACCGCGUCGUGUUGGGAGAGUACGACAACUCAGUGACAGAAGGACCCGAGCAGACCAUCAUUGUGGAAAAGGCCAUCGUGCACCCAAAUUAUAACAACAAUAAUGUGGCCAAAGGCUAUGACAUCGCCCUCCUCAAGCUGACUGAAUGUGCCGAGCUGACGGAUGAGGUCCAGCUUGCAUGCCUCCCUCCUGCUGAUUACAUCCCGCCCCAUGAGAUGAAAUGCUACGUCACUGGCUGGGGCCGGCUCUCCACUGGUGGAAAACUGCCAAACAAACUGCAGCAGGGGCUGCUGCCCGUGGUGGACUACGAACACUGCUCCCAGCGAGACUGGUGGGGCUCCACCGUGAAAGAGACCAUGGUGUGCGCCGGUGGGGACACGGUCUCUAGCUGCAAUGGUGACUCUGGAGGACCCCUCAACUGCCCUGGAGUGAACUGUGAGUGGCAGGUUGACGGCAUAGUCAGCUUUGGUUCUGCCCUUGGCUGCAACUACCCGAAAAAGCCUUCAGUGUUCACCCGUGUGUCAGCCUACAUUCCCUGGAUUGAGGAGAUCACUGGGAUUGACUUCAGCUAG